AUGGGCUUACUUCGCUAUGCCGAUAUCUAUGGUUGGACCUCCGCAAUUUCUAGCAGCAGCUGUGCUGGCGAAUGGGAGGGAGCGCUGGAAGUGCUGACUGCAGCCUGCUAUUCCCGCUUGCAACCGACGCUGGUAACUUUCAACGCUCUAGCUGGUGCGAGCGCUGACCUGGACAGCAGCUUUGCAUUUCCUUGGCUUGUUGGGCUGACAGUUCUGGAGAGAGGCCAAGCUGACGCAAAGACUUACAGCUCCUUGAUCUCCAGUGUCACCUGUGGACGAACUUGGCGUGAGGCUUCUGAGGUUUGGGAUCGCGCAGUGACCAGCCGUGUUGAGGUGGAUGUGGUGCUACAUGGCGCAGCAGUGGCUUCGCUAGCAGCUGGUCUCCAAUGGCAACGUGCACUGGAAGAUGCAGCAGCAAUCGUCAAACGCCGUGUUUUUAGCAUGUCUGGUGCAGUCGCCAGCACUGUUCUGGGAUCUUGCUUCCCGAAUUGGCAGGUCGGCGAUUGCGCAUAG